CAGAGAGGUGAGCAGGUGUAGGUCAGGAGGAAACUGCUGUGGCCCUUCAAGUGUUGGAGUGGGUGAUCGGUUCUACAAGUCUAACUAAAGAGCAAGAAAACUCUAUAUCUCCUGUGAAGUUUUGCGACAGUGGGCUUCUUGUUUCCUCGCAGGACUCCAUUGAAACUUCAGCAUGAACCACUUUCAUAAAGGCAAAGGGAGCUUUAUUUUCGAAGUGGAAAAUGACCUUGGGCAAAAAGGGUCCCGUCGCAAACGGGAGUUCAUACCCGAGGAGAAGAAGGACGCUCUGUACUGGGAGAAACGUCGUAAGAACAAUGAGGCAGCCAAACGCUCACGGGAGAAGAGAAGAAUGAAUGACUACGUGAUGGAGAAUCAUCUCAUGGUUCUGAAAGAGGAAAACACCAGGCUCAGUGCAGAGUUAAUGGCCUUCAAGCUCCGCUUUGGUCUGGUGCAACCUGCAGCCUUCAGUGAACACCAAACCAACUACCUGCAACAGCAGUUCAUACCCCAGCCUGUCGCUGCCAACUACCAAUCCCUGCAAGGGAACUACUACUGGGGUGCGAGAGAUUCAUCUGGUAUGACUGCUGGGCACCCCUUUCACCCAGUCGUAAUCCCUGCAUAUGCCCUCCGCACCAUGACGGGCUAUUCCUACCAUAACACAUCUUGUGCCAGUGGUUCUGGGGUCCUCACUCCAUUUGUGCUUCCACAAAAUCUCCUGUCAACUUACCCCCCUUGCCUUGGGGCUGCUCUGCUAAAGCAUAUUCCCACAAGAGCUGUGUCGGAUGAAGGAGAGGAGCAGCAGGUCCCUGGGAUGCCGUCGCCCUCCUGCUCAGCUCCAGCUCACAAUACCUCCACCAGAGCAGGGAGAAUCCACUCUGUGCAAAGGCAAAAUACAUCUGAGUGACUGCAGCUAUUUGCUUCAGACAGUGUGAAAACGGCUGUUUUCCACUUGGUGUAUCUCAGAAAAGCUGCCAAUGCUGUGUAAGAUGCUGAUCAUUCACACUACAGCUGCAUUAAAAACA